AUGGGGAGUGUGUUCCUGCCAGCGGACGCGGCCCACUCGGUGCUGCGGCGGCUGCCCAGGGCUAACUUCCUGCUGGAGGAGAUGAAGCAGGGCAACAUACAGAGGGAGUGCCGCGAGGAGAUCUGUACCUAUGAGGAGGCCCGCGAGGCCUUCGAAAAUGAUGAGAAGACGAGGCGCUUCUGGGAGGAAUACGUGCGUGAGAGCAGCCCUUCGGGAGGUCUGGAGUCGGUGGUCGGCGGCGUGCACUCCCUCUACCUGAUCGUGCCACUGCUGACGGUGGUCUUCAUCGUGGUGGCUGUGGCCGUAGUGGUGUUUUGCUGCCACUCCCGAAAGCGCUCGCAGCGCAGUCCCGGCCUAGCUCACUCCCACCACGACCACGUCUUAUCGGUGGUCUCCAUGGACCACUGGGGAAGGGAUUAUCACCACGGUGACCGCUCAGAACUCAGCCUCCACAGCAGCCCUACCGGCUACCCGGGCUCUGAGGCGGCUUCGGGUCGGGUGAGCGUAGCCGACCGGCCGCCGUCGUACGAGGAGGCGGUCGGCCACGCCGACAUCCGUGUGGAAACGGAGCCCCCGCCGCAGUACGAGGACAUUAUGAAUGCCGCGAACCACGCCAAGUAA